AAAAAAUAAUACGUUUUCAAGUCAAAAAAAAUGUUAUUAUAUCUUUUUUUAUUAAUACCCCCAAUUUUCGCCGAUUACUAUCCCCAAGAUUAUUGCAGACCAGAUUUAUCCUGCGCUUUUAACAACAAGACGAUAAUUCCCCACACCAUAUGCGAAUACAAAUGCAUGAUAAGCGAUUCUUGCGAAGAGUUUGCCUCCCUCAAAUUCUCAAACAUCGACCGAUAUUACAUUUUAGCUUGGCAUAAUUCAUACAGACACAGUUACGCCAUCGGCAAAGUUAACAACAUCACCGUAACGAACAUGAUGGCCCUCUCUUACGACGAAGAACUCGAAUACAUCGCAUUGUGUUGGGCUAAGCGAUGUGCGGGUGAAAACGAUCUUUGCAGAAAAAGCCUCAAACUUGGUAAUCUCGGCCAAAACAUAUUCGAAACGAUCGAUAACACAGAAGAGGUCGAUCCUAAAACGUUAAUGCAAAUGGCGGUUAAUUAUUGGUUUGAGGAACACAACGAUUUAAAAGGUGGCGUUAAAACGGUUUACGAUAAGAAGAUGAUUGCGAAAUCGUUUACGCAGAUUAUUUGGGCGAAAACGACUCAUAUUGGAUGCGCCGCCGUUCGUUAUAAAGAUAGCGUCGGGAUCGUUUUUACGUUAGUUUGUAAUUAUGGGCCGGCGGGAAAUUUAAAUGGAGAACAUAUUUAUGUUGAAGGUGAACCUGGUAGUAAAUGUCCAAAUGGAUUUAGACAGAAUCGGGUUUUGACCGGGCUUUGUGGAACUAGUUCGCUUAAUGUGCAAAGUAGGGAGUAUAACCCUUUUAAGACUUACAAUGAAACUGGAAAAUUUAGGUCGAAUUCGAUGAAAUAUUGCGGUUCAUUUAAAUUUGUAUUUUUAAUUGUUUUAUUUUUGCUUUUUGAUUAAUAAAUUUCUUUUUACCUGCGAA